CCAACGCCUUCGCCCGGGGCUUGCGGGAGCCGCGCAGGUUCACCGACGCGGGGGACUGGGCGCCUGGGGAGCGGGGAGUCGGCGCCUCCCGUCCAGCCCAUUUCUUUACGGGCCGCGGCCUUGACGGGCGUGUCGGUGCCUGCCGUGCGCGCAUUCGGACCCGGGCUGUAUCUCUCUCGGGAGACUGGGCCGAUGGUUGGGGCCGAGUGAGGUCGUUGCCUUGACGACGGCAGCAUGCGGCCCGCGGUCCUCCCGAGUGCGCGCCUGCGGCUGGCCGAGGCCGCUCUGCCUCCCCUCCCGCUUCGCCCCCGGCCCGCGGCUGCGUCCGCACAAGAGACCCAGCCAGCUCCGGAACUGCCGGCUUGCUAGUCAGCGUCUGGUAGACCUGCGAGCGAGAUGCAUCUCGCCCCAAAUUUGUUUCCAAGUUGGAAACCUUUGGGUCUUUCCAUGUGAAAGGAUUUUAAAGAAACGCAAGAAGAAUUCCUACCGGUUUUGAAUUAAAAUGGAAAAAUAUGAGAACCUAGGAUUGGUUGGAGAAGGGAGCUAUGGAAUGGUGAUGAAGUGUAGGAAUAAAGAUAGUGGAAGAAUUGUGGCCAUCAAGAAGUUCUUAGAAAGUGAUGAUGACAAAAUGGUUAAAAAAAUUGCUAUGCGAGAAAUCAAAUUACUAAAGCAACUGAGGCAUGAAAAUCUGGUGAAUUUGUUGGAAGUGUGUAAGAAAAAAAAACGAUGGUACCUGGUCUUUGAAUUUGUUGACCAUACAGUUCUUGAUGACUUGGAGCUCUUUCCUAAUGGUCUAGACUACCAACUGGUUCAAAAGUAUUUGUUUCAGAUUAUUAAUGGAAUUGGAUUUUGUCACAGUCACAAUAUCAUACACAGAGAUAUAAAGCCAGAGAAUAUAUUAGUCUCACAGUCUGGCGUUGUCAAAUUAUGUGAUUUUGGAUUUGCGCGAACAUUGGCAGCCCCCGGGGAAGUUUAUACGGAUUACGUGGCGACCCGAUGGUACAGAGCUCCAGAGCUAUUGGUCGGUGAUGUCAAGUAUGGCAAGGCUGUUGAUGUAUGGGCCAUUGGUUGUCUGGUAACGGAAAUGCUCAUGGGGGAACCCCUUUUUCCUGGAGAUUCUGAUAUUGAUCAGCUAUAUCAUAUUAUGAUGUGUUUAGGUAAUCUCAUUCCAAGACAUCAGGAGCUGUUUUAUAAAAAUCCCGUGUUUGCUGGAGUAAGGUUGCCAGAAAUCAAGGAAAUAGAACCUCUUGAAAGACGUUAUCCCAAACUCUCUGAAGUUGUGAUAGAUUUAGCAAAGAAAUGCUUACAUAUUGACCCAGACAAAAGACCCUUCUGUGCUGAACUCCUCCAUCAUGAUUUCUUUCAUAAGGAUGGAUUUGCCGAGAGAUUUUCUCAAGAGCUACAGUUAAAAGUACAGAAAGAUGCCAGAAAUAUUUCUUUAUCUAAAAAAUCUCAGAACAGAAAGAAGGAAAAGGAAAAAGAUGAUUCCUUAGGUGAAGAGAGAAAAACACUUGUGGUACAGGAUACCAAUGCUGAUCCCAAAAUUAAAGAUUCUAAAGUAUUUAAAAUAAAAGGGUCAAAAAUGGAUGGAGAAAAAGUUGAAAAAGUCAGUCGAACUUCCAAUGUCAGCUGUCUCCCCGACAAUGGGACGAGCCACGUCAGAACCGUGCCUUCAACCAGCCUCCGGGAUUGCAGCAACGGCGGCGGCGAUCACACUAGAAAUCCGGCCGUGGCGAUCCCGCCCAUUGCGCACAAUCCUUCUGCAGUGGCUCCCGGUAUUAAUUCUGGAAUGGUGACUAUCCCGGGAGUUCAGAGUUACAGAGUGGAUGAAAAAACCAAGAAGUAUUGUAUCCCAUUUGUUAAACCAAAUAAACAUUCUCCAUCAGGCAUUUAUAAUAUUAAUGUGACCACAUCCGUCGCCAGUGAAAAGAACCUACUUCAGGCAAAUAAGAAAAGAAGGGACUACUCUAAGACAGAUGUCCGUUUGCCUGAACUAAACUACAGUCAUCUCCCUGAACUAAGAGCCUUGGAAGGCAUAGCUCGAAAUUCCAGGUUAAUAAGGAAAGAGAACAAGAAUCUCUCAGAAUCUCGAAUUCCUUCUCUGGCCACUAUUGACUUGCAUACGCCCAGUGUCGCAUUACAUCAGGUAUCCGGAUCUCCCCCGUCAGAUGACCUGGAGGCUGAUUUGCCUCGAAUGGAACACCAGCACUGAGAGCCAUUUUGGUUCUGAACUGGAUGCUGCUCUAGCCCUUGAGAUGACAUCCCCUUGCAACAGAAGUGCUGAUAUCCUACAGAGAGAGAUUCGUGGUUUUGUCCUUUACUUCUGAACUGCAUUUUCUGAGAAAGGCCUUGCAGAAGAAAAAAGAUAAAGACUUCCAA